AUGCGGAUCCAUGAGGUAAAAAUAAUUGGAGGCUCACCUGGACUUUGCAAAAAAGUUUUAUAUUAUUUUGCACGUGCAGUGGGAAAACCUAAUGUGACAACUACAAAAGCAAUGAAGGAAGAAAAGGAAAAAAAGGUAAUGCAAGAAAAGAAAGCUAUUCCUGAAGUUAAAAAGAAAGAAGUGGAAAAGGAAAAGAAGCUAAUUCAUGAGAAGAAAACUAUUCCUGCCACUGAAAAGAAAGAUGAAGAAAAGAAGGUAACUCAUGAGAAAAAAGUCAUUUCUGAAAUUAAACAGAAAGAAGCUAAAGAAGAAAAGAAGGUAAUCCAUGAGAAGAAACUUAUUGCUGAAGAAGAAAAGAAGGUAAUCCAUGAGAAGAAACUUAUUGCUGAAGAAGAAAAGAAGGUAGUCCAUGAGAAGAAGCUUAUUCCUGAAGAAGAAAAGAAGGUAAUGCAUGAGAAGAAAAUUAUUCCUGAAGAAGAAACGAAGGUAAUCCACAAGAAGAAACAUAUUCCUGAAGAAGAAAAGAAGAUAAUCCAUGAGAAGAAAUUUAUGCCUGAACUUAAAAAGAAAGCAGAAGAGGAAAAGAAGGUAAUCCAUGAGAAGAAAAUAAUUCCUGAAAUUAAAAGGAAAGAAGUGGGAGAGGAAAAGAAGGUAAUCCAUGAAAAGAAAAUUAUUCCUGGAAUUAAAAAGAAAGAAAUGGAAGAAGAAAAGACGUUAACCCAUGAGAAGAAAAUUAUUCCUGAAAUUAAAAAGAAAGUGGAAGAGAAGAAAGCAGCCCAUGAGAAGAAAUUUAUUCCUGAAAUUAAAAAGAAAGAAGCAGAAGAGGACAAGAAAAUAACCCAUGAGAAGAAAAUCAUUCCUGAAAUUAAAAAGAAAGAAGUGAAAGAGGAACAGAAGGUAACCCAUGAUAAGAGAAUUAUUCCUGACAUUAAAAAGAAAGAGGAAAAGAAGGUAACCCAUGAGAAGAAAGUCAUUACAGAAAUUAAAAAGAAAGUGGAAAAAGACAAGAAGGUAACCCAUGAGAAGAUUGUUCCUGAGAUCAAAAAGAAAGAUGAAAAGAAGGCAAUCCAAGAGAAGAAAGUCACUUCUGAAAUUAAAAAGAAAGUGGAAGUGUGGAAAAAUGUAACCCAUGAAAGGAAAAUUACUCCUGACAUUAAAAAAAAAGUUUCAAAAGUGGAAGAGGAAAAGAAAGCCCAUGAAAAGAAAAUUGUUCCUGAAAUUGAAAAAACAGGGAAAAAAGAGGAAAAAAAGAAAACUCUUGAGAAGACAGCUGUCCCCGAUGUUAAAAAAGCAGAACAAUUAAGAAAAAAGCCUUCUCCUCCUGCUGAAAAGAAAGAAGUUUCCAAGACACCAGUGGCAGCAAAGCCAGCAGAAGCUAAGCCUGUAGCAGUGAAACAACCAAAGAGAGAAGUACCUGUAAAAGAAGCUGAAAAACCAAAACCUAAAGAAGCAAGACAUGAAAAAGGAAAAGAAGUGAAACCUGCUGGUACUCAAAAAGAUAAGGAUAAAGAACAGGGUAAAGAAAUAGAAGCAAAGCAUCAUGGGACAUCAAAAGACAAAGCAUCCAAAGUGAUAAAAGAAGCCAAAGAAACUUCCCAUCCUGCUGCUGGAGCUACAGCACAGAAGCAUCAUGUACAUAAACAUGAAACGAUAAAACAGGAAAAGGCUGUUAUUUCCAAAUCAGAGGGGAAAAUCAGACAGAACAAAACAGCUACUGUUGUAAAAGCAGAACAAGAUACUAUUAAACGUGAAAAAGAAAUUCCUCAAGGAAAACCAGCUAAAUCAAAGGAAACUACAAGUACACACAAUUCUACUUUUAUAACAGCUCCUGGCUUGAUUCAUAUGCAUGACAUCUUGGUCUUUUUAAAAAAAAGUUAUAAAGUACAAUAA